UUGGGCAGUGAAACAUGUUCCAAACUAUUGGUCCUAGAUAACACCUUCACUAUAAAUUACCACUGGCGUGGCUCACAGACACAUUGUACUACACUACAAUAAUGAAGUGCACUCUCGUCCUGGCAGCUGUGUGUGCUGUUGUGGUCCUGGUAACCUCUGAACGAUGCAGUAACGUGGGUGACUGUUCCCACGUGAGCUGUGACUCCUCGACGAAACUUGGAUGUUCCCACGGAGAGUGCACGUGUCUUGAGGGGGCAAGCACAGCCCCCUGCCCACAGACUACCUGUGCUGCGCGCUCUGACUGUGAUUCCUGCACGUGUCGCGACAACAGACAGCACCACUGCUUCGACGGACAUUGUACUUGCGGCUUCGGAUUCGGAAAGUGAAGACUCUGGCGACCAAUGGCCUGUAACUAUUGCGAAUAAAGGGUUUUCUGAA